CCGUUGCCCCCUUACGUCGCCGCACGGUGAGAGAACCAGUCGGUGGCUGGGAGCCGAUGAGGCAGGAGCCGUCGUAGGCCAUGGAGGCUGACGCAGGCGGGUCGGACGCCUUCGAUACCAUUGUCAUGGCGGAGACGAGGUAGGGCCGGAUGGUGUUCCCGGGUCUGCCUUGGGCGUCCUUCGGGGGGAGCUUUGCCCGCUUCCUUCGCCUCCGCAUCGGGCAGAGAGGCGCGGCGUCCCUGGGGCCUCCCGUUUCCUGGGCCCCGUUGGACUCGUUUGUGGCUCUGAGCCUGGCUUUAUAGGCCCCUCGGGGAGGAACCCGGUGCUGAGGCUGCUGCUUCUCUCUGGGAAAUUGCUUUCGCUUUCGGAGAUCAGGGCCCAAACUCGGCCCCAUAAAAAGAGCCCUUCUGGAUGAUGCCUUCGGUCCAUCUCGCCCAGCAUCCUGUUCUCACAGCGGCCAAGCAGCAUCCAAGCUCCCCUGCAGCGGUUUCCAGCAACUGGUCUUCGGAAGCAUUGCUGCCUCGCAGCUGCGUUCGUCGACAGCCCUCUCUCCUCCCAUCCAUUUGUCUAGUCCUCUUUUGAAGCCGUCCGCGUUGGGGGCCAUCGCUGCCUCCCGGGGGUGAGUUUCGUGGUUUGAGGAGGUGCUUUCUUUUGCCCCUCCUGAAACUUCCAACAUUCAGCUUCGUUGGCUGCCCACGAGGUCUAGUGUUAUAUGAGAGAGUUUAGAAUGUCAUAAACUUAUAUUAUGCCCCCCAUGGCUGCUGUCAUUUUAACACCUGUGUGUUAGAAAUGCAGUUUCUCAUCCUCCCAGAGAUGCAAUACGAGAGGAAAGUUUAACCUGCUAGAUUUCUGCCUGUUGUGUCACUGUUAAAAAAAUGAGAUUGCACAGAGAAUGAUGAGGUGGUGGUAGUUCUGUCUCUUUCUCUCUCUCUCUCUCUCUCUCUCUCUCUCUCACACACACACACACACACACACAGAGAGAGAGAGAGCGCACCAAGCUCAUUGGUAGCCUGGCCAGUUUUUACUUUUCCUCCAUUCUCUAGUCUGUAAAAUAGGAGUAAACGUGACCUGCCUUAGAAGGGCAGUUCUGUGUGAUUGUAUUGUUUCUUUUCACUUUAAUGUUGCAAUUGCUUCCCCUAGAACCCUUAAUGAGAAUAGUAGCUUUUACAAAGUAUGUUCAUAUUCACUAGCGUUAAGAGCACUAUGCUAGUCAGUCAAGUUUCACUGUAUGUCCAUAUAUCAAGAAAAUAGUAAUGCAUAUAUUCUGGCUCAUCGUCAUCGCUUUAUUUGUAUGCUGCCUUUCCAUAGUUAAAACCAUGCUCAAGGCUGCUUACAGCAUGAAACCAUUUAUGUGAAUGCAAACACAGCAAAAGCAAGUAAACGAUACAUAUAAAACACAUUAAAAAGUAUACAACCAGAUUGAAACAAUUUCCACAUAAAUCAUAAGAUCUAUAAGUAGAGAUACUCCCCAAACAAAUAACAGCAGCAGCAGCAAUGACCCCGCCCCUAAAUAAUACUCCAGCUCAAGAGUCUGUUCCGCAGCCUCAGCUUUUGCAGCUUUUUGCAGAGUCAGGGCCCUGCUCUGUCAGGCCAGAUGGGAAAAGACCUGGAAGGCUGGUCUUCCAGUACUCACAGGCUCAUAUCUGCCAUACCAGUUCAUCUGCCUUACAACUUAGAAAAUUUAAAUCUAUAAAACCAUUUAUAACCUUGGCAGCUUGAACACUUUUUGUGUGACCUGAAUCAGUUUGGGCUAAAAGUGAAACCCUGUCGCCUAAAGAGCAUCUAACAGCUUUAGAACGUAGCAUGGUAUAACUUCAGCCACCUCUCUGCCCAUGGACAAGUACUUUCAAAGUGUGGGAAAUUAGUAAAGUGCCUAUGUAUUACCAUAGACUCAACACCACCUAAAAUAAAUACUUGACUUAAACUAAGGGAAUUCAAUUGCAAUAUAAUUUGCUUGCUGGGGGAACUGCUUCAAAGAAGCUUAAGAUGACUUUCUGAAAGUAUGGCUUGCUGCUGGAUCCCCUUGAAGCUCCUUUUCCAGAAGUUCUGUCCUGCCCUUAGGUUUUAUGAAUACAACAAAAUAUGAGUUCUUGUUGUUGUUUAGUUGUGUCCAACUCUUCAUGACCCCAUGGACCAGAGCAUGCCAGACACUGCUGUCUUCCACUGCCUUCCGCAGUUUGGUCAAACUCACGUUUGUAGCUUCGAAAACACUCUCCAACCAUCUUGUCCUCUGUUGUCCCCUUCUCCUAGUGCCCUCAAUCUUUCCCAACAUCAGGGUCUUUUCCAGGUAGUCUUCUCUUCUCAUGAGGUGGCCAAAGUAUUGGAGCCUCAGCUUUAGGAUCUGUCCUUCCAGUGAGCGUUGCCGUGGCGAAGGGGCUUGAAUAACUCAGAGAAAGCUAUGAGCUACGCCGUGCAGGGCCACCCAAGAUGGACAAGUCAUAGUGGAGAGUUUUGACCAAACGUGAUCCACCUGGAGUAGGAACUGGCAAGCCACUCCAGUAUCCCUGCCAAGAAAACUCCAUGGACAAAGAAUAAGUUUUUACUUGGGGGGGGGGGACCGAUAUAACUAGAUGACUUUACUUAACUGUAUAACUGUUUGUAUAACUUUAUUUUCUUAUUUGCCUUAUUUGUAUGCCACCUAGUAAAAAGUAUGUAGCACUAAGAUGAUGUAGCAAAGUUUGGUCAUACUUGAAGAAAUCAACUGCACAUAGUUAAUCCCAUUGAAGCUGGUUGACACUCAGUGGGACUCCUUUUGAAGUUAACAUGCAUAGGAUUGGGCUGUUAGCCUCCAAGGUGCAAGCACUCUUUUGCUGCUUCAGCCUAACGGCUCUUUCAAAAUCUUUCUCUCAUUUCAGAUUUCAUGGUGAAGGCUAUCAGGAAGGAUAUGCUGAAGGAACACGUGUUGGACUCCUUGAAGGAAGGCAAUAUGGCAUACAACAAGGUGCAAAGAUUGGUUUAGAAGUAUGUGUUAAAAAAUAAAUUGAGCAUUUUGAUCAAAAAAAGCAACAUGACAAUCUAUGUUUCUUGGGGCCUAAAUGUAUAUUGAUCUAUAAAGUGAGCAUCACUGUUUCUGCUGCUCUGUUACUGGACAUAUCCAAGUUCUGUGCAAAAUUCAUAUUGUAAUAAUAAUCCUAGAUUCAAACAGGUUUUUUUAGGCUUCAUUCUUAAGUAUGUUUACAUGGAAGUAAGUCCCGUUAAAUACAUAUCUAAGAUUUUCUUAAAUGAAAAAGACAUAAUUGGCAUAACAAGGAAAAUUAAAUGAUCUCUUUCCAAAUUUGUAGAUUGGAUCAUAUCUUGGUUUUGCAAUGACAUGGCAGAAAUUGCUUCAUAAAGGCUCUGAUGAGAAAAACAGGUAGGUUUUUAAAAAUAAAGCCAGCGUAUCAUGCAUUGGUUCUCCUUGUUUCCUUCAGAUUAAAAAGAGAAAGAGAGCGAGAGAGAGAGCAGAUAAUAUCACAGUAGAAGGAGGAGAGAGAACGUAACACCAUAAGACCAUAACACCAACAGUAAAAUAAGUGGGGAGGUAGCAGCGCUGGUCACUAAGAGUGACCAGGAUUUAAGCAUCAAAUAUCUAUUAAUUUUAUUUCAUGAAAUUUAUACACUGCUUGGUUGUGUAAAAAAACACACCCUCAAAACAUUUUACAAAAAGAUAGAACCAUAAAGUGAGGGAAAAAUUACAAUAUAUUAAAACAUACAAGAAGUUAAAAUACUAAAACGGUUUAAAAUUCACAUCAGCUUUUCUAAGCAUCUGGGUAGGCUUGAGUAAACAAGAACAUUUUUAGCUGGCGCCAAAAAUAAUAUAGUUCCAAAGUGUAGAUGCUGCCACACUAAGUGAUUGGGUUCUGACAAAUGUGGAGCGAGUAUUAUGUGCGCCUGUAAUAUUAUAUCAUACCAAUAACUCUUAGCACAGUAUUGUACAUUGUGCCAUUUUAGUUGUGUUCAGCAACAUUACAUCUAUAUCAGGAUUCAGAAAACAUGAUUCUGAACGCUUGGCUUUGCAAAUUUAGCAGUGCUCAAGCAUGGUAUUUGGUUGACUUUCACUGGGCAGUACAGAUGCUUUUACCUUCUGAAACAAAGGGAUGUAAGUUAAACCAUGUGCUCUGCUCUUUCUACCACCUCUUUAUAACAUGCUUUCAUGCUGGUCUGGCUGGAUUACCUCUGUAUUUUUAGGUGUUUUGGCAAUGACCACCACUAAAUAUCAUGUGGAUGCAGUUUCCAUUCCUCCUUCAGAUACAGAGGUGACUGUUAACUGGCAGGAAUCCACUGCUAGACAUUGAGAGAUGAGGUCAUGUGUAGGAUAUCAGGGGUUUUUAUAUAUAUAGACAGCAUUUCUGGGCUCAAUGCCUGGCAAAUGGAUGCCUCUCUGACCCAGCAAGUGCCAGAUUGCUAAAUAGGGGUGUUUAUUUAUAAGUUUUGAUUGCAUUGCUAGUUCGUACUCUGAAAAACAACUGAAAUGUAGUAUUUUUUGUCCAAUGCACGGCAUACACGAUGUAAGCUGUGGCCCUAACCCGUGUCAUUUGUUCUGCUGCAUUUAAGCAUCUGUUGCUGAAUUGCCUUCACUAGGCAUGUUGAAAACCUGUGUUUACAUGAAUUCCUUAAGAUGUAUAUGAAAAAAUUUUCUGAGCUAGUGUUGUUCCGCAUACAGGUAGAAGAUACGGGUGUGGAACACCUUUGUUCAAAUUCCAUUUGUUCAAACAUCUUUUUUAGUUACUGACUGUUCCCUUCUAUGGAACAGGAAAUAAUUUAGGGUUGUCAUUUGAUUUAAGGAAUCAGUUAGUUGAUUAAGCUUCUCUUGGGGGGCCCAUGGGCCCAUAUGCAAACUGGAGAAAAUGAACUCUCUUACCUAUUCUGUUGGCUACAGUAGAAUGCUUACUUCAAACCUAUUUUCAGUGGAGAGGAGACCCUAUGCGCUCAUGGGCACCAUGUUGUGAGCACAAAGCAGGAAGGCUUUUUCUGACCAAGAUCCUGUGCAAAAAAGACAAAAUGGAAAUGCAGACAUAUUUGCAAAGCAUUUCACUGGAGGUGAGGAAAGGUACUCUCUUCACACAUUCAAUUUGAAUGUCCAAAGUGUGCUACUAUCUGUAUAUGUUUUGAAGAUAUUUCAGAAGAACAGGUUUUCAAAUGGAUUUCUACAUAUAAUUCUAGGGUAGCAUGGUUCAUCUCAUGCUGGUCUAAUAAGGGGGGCAAAAAUAAAUUCUGUGGAUUGGUUAAAUGGCAAGGCUCCUCUGUUGCAAUCCCUUAGAAAGAGGCAAUGCUGGUCUGGGUAUCACAGUCUGACUUGCGUGAUUUGCCUUUACAGGUAUUAUUGAUGCCAAGGCGUAAAGGGCCAUUGUCAAAGUGGGUCCCACAUCUCAGUGGUAGAUAUUUGUGAACAUAGCUUUGAUUUUUGUGAGUUGUCCCUGGUAUGAUGCUGAAACGAACAACAGUAGCAAAAUACAUUUGAAGGGAUUGUGUGACCAAAGUCUGUAUUUCAAUACAUCAAAUUAUUAAAUACUGUUUGUAAAAUAAAAUGGUCUUAUUUUUUCAGUAAAAAGAUAAAAGCUCUAGAGUCAUUAAUAGAGAUGAUUCGGACAUUUCCUUGUGAGGAUCCAGCCUAUGAAAAACUUCAGGAAGACCUGGAGAAAAUCAGAGGACGGUUUAAACAGGUUGGAAACUGAUUUUAGUGUUGGAAUAAAAGGAGUAUUCAUUUCAGCUGUAUUCAAAUUGUAUGCUAUUCCCAUGGAACAAUAAUGUAAUCAUCAUAGCUGAUAUCCAGUGUUGCAUGAGCAGACCCGCCCCCCCGAUUCCCCCCCCCCCCAUACCUUCCCAUGUCUCCCAAAAUCUGCUUUGGAGAAUAUGGAACAGAUUUUGGAGGUGUGCAGGGUGCUGUAGCUCAGAGGGAAAGAUGGGAAAGUCCCACUGCAUGUGCAAAAAGCCAUUCCUGAGGUGUAUGGACACAGUAAGAUUAGUGCUUUUUGUCAGGGGCACUCAAGGGGCACGCAGUACCGACACCUCUUUUGUUGCUGUUAAAAAUGUGGCCCUUACUGUAACAACACGGCACCUAUGUUUCUAGAAAAAAAAGCACUGAGUAAGAUGUCACCCAAUGUAACUUAACUAACGGGUAACAUCCAACUAAAUCAUACUAAGUAAGCUUAGGCUCAUUGGCUUUAAUGGAUCUGUUCUGAGUGUGACUGACAUUGUAGAUCACUUGAGGAUAAUGCACAGUAUAACUAUAAAAACCAUUGUUUACAAUUUCUGUUUUUCAUUUUAGGUUUGUUCAUUGCUGCAUAUUCCUUCCAGUGUUAGACUUGGUGCUGAAGGAUCUGCACUUACAUUCUGAAAAGGACCACAAAUGGAGAAAAGAACUCCCAUCAGGCUACUAAAGAGGUGGUGAAAUCUUGAGUGGAGAGAAUGAGGCUAGAAAUUAAUAUUGGAAAUUGGACUACAACACAGUGGCUUGUUAAUAUACUGGUGUCAUUUGUAUUGAGUAGGUAACUUUGAAAUGACUUCAGAUACUGUGAUCUGGGUCUUGUAAACACUUUCAAAAUUUCAUUUGUAAACCUGACAUUCUCCUGGCAAUGUGUGUAAAGAUAUAUUGCACUAUAUUAGUGCAAGAAAUGCAGCAACCUAAUCUGUAAAACAGAUGUUAUCCGUAUAUGUAGUUGUGCCCCCCUCCUGGCAUGCUGUGCAGUCUAAGCUGAUAUUACUAUAGUGAUAUAGUUCACAGAUGAAAGCAUACUUUUUAAUAGAUAUCUGACCUGCUGGCCCUCAAAGAAUGUUUCAUUCCAAAACACCACUUUUCCUUUGAAAUAUCUCACACACUGAGAUAAGAAAUAUCUUCAGCACUGAGAUGUGGAAAUGACUUAGCCUGGCUUUAAUACAUUUUCUAGAAAAUGCAAUUAGUCUCUCAUCAAAAUAAGGAAACAGAAGUGGGAGCCUUUGCAGAACAUUUCAAGUGCCUUUGUGGGCCAACACACACACACACACACACACACACACACACACACACACACACCUACACCCCUGCCCCGGCUGUGGUUCUUUAAGCUUUUUAAAGGAUCUAUUUGGGAAGGGAACAAAUUGGCCCAGUGUACCCCUUUUCCUCCUACCUGUGCCCUUAACUGGUUGCAGUUAAGGGUAAGUAAAGUAAGUACCAGUUUAACUCUCAGCUCUGGGUAGGAAAAUCUACCCAGCUCUGUUCUUUGUUGCCGCGUUACUUGACAACAUGAGACCAGCAUACAUGCUCAGUUAAAGGAAGUUGAAUGGUUUGCUUUCAAAAGCCAGUGUUUCCUUGCAGUUUUUGGGAUUCCCACUGACAGUGUUGACUCUUUCUGCCCUACCCAUUUUUAAUCUCAGCAUCUCUGCACUUGGAAUAUUCACUUUUUAAAUGGAGGGGGUAAUAUUCCUGGUGCCUAUGAACAUGAUUAUGUAAUAACUAAGUUUAGGUGUGAUUCCCCCCAACACAACAACAACAAAACCCAUGCAUGUUCGCUGGGGACAGGGCAAAGAAGAAGCUGACCCAUAGCUCUGGUUUCCCCCUAUUAUCUUGCUCUAUAUACAUGUGCUGCAUCCAUGCAAGGAGAAAGGUAUCCUUUCUGUCUAAGCUACCAAAUAGAUCUCCGUAAGCAAGCCGCUAGUUUAGGGCCACCUAGUGGGAAAAGUAAAUAUAUCAUCUAGGAAAUAAAGAUGUAAAACUGUUUUUGUGUUUCACUGGAAAUUCCAAAGGCGGUUGAUAAUUUUUCAAGAGAUCCUUUUUUCAUAUACAGUGGUACCUCAGGUUACAUACGCUUCAGGUUACAGACUCCGCUAACCCAGAAAUAGUGCUUCAGGUUAAGAACUUUACUUCAGGAUGAGAACAGAAAUUGUGCUCCGGCAGUGCGGCGGCAGCAGGAGGCCCCAUUAGCUAAAGUGGUGCUUCAGGUUAAGAACAGUUUCAGGUUAAGUACGGACCUCCGGAACGAAUUAAGUACUUAACCCGAGGUACCACUGUAUAGGCAUGUAAUCCUCAAAACCUAACCUCCAAAAUGAAUGGAACGUUGUAUGCUUAAACUGCUUUGGGAAAAUAAAAUACGGAAACCAGCCCCCCCCCCCCCCGAAGACCCAUUUUUAUGUUACGCAGCUUUCCAUGUUUUUACAGCUUCAUUGUAUCGUGCAGUACAGUGAUUUCCAGCUUUGCCCUUUCAUUUCAAUGAGAUUUCAGGAUUUUUUCCAUUGCAAACAAGCAAAUAUUCUUCUCCCUGACAUUUGUUCUGAUGCAGGAUAAUCUUCAUUCAUGUCCUCUAAGUUCCAUGGUGGAUUGUUUAGUUGUAACCAUUUACUCAUGUUUUGUUCAUAACUACACCUCUUAAUAUUGUUUGUAAUGCUGAUCGUGGAACUCAAAUGUACUGCAUGAGAUGGUCACAUCCACAGCCUGUUUUGUAUUGUGUCCCCCGUCUGGUGUUAGAUGUCAUUUUGGAAUAUCCUUUUCUUUGUAUUAAAACCUUUUUCUUCAUAUUUUCUCUUGUGGCAGUCCAGUUCACUAUCUAAACUGCAGACUCAUGAGAAUUUAUUAACCCACUUAAUUUAGUCAGAUUUUUGUGAGGGGACACAAAUUAGCUAAAAUAAACUAAUGUGGGAGCACAAUCAAGGGGGGGGGAGGAGUCUCUAGCAAGGGGACCGGAAGUAAUUUAGCUAUAUGCCCCAUUAAGUAAAAUUGAGAAAAACAGUAUACAUGAGCCUCCUUCAAAAGUUACAAUAGGCUAAUGCAGCCAGGUUGUGGGCUGGUAGCAUGUUUUCUUUCUCCCACCCCAUCACCAGUCUUCUAAUUUCCCAAUUCAUAGAGGCUCCCCCAUCACUACCUGUUUUAAAAUCCUGGUUUUUCUAGGGUUCUAAACCACAUGGGAAUCCUCCACAGGUACAAAAGGUUCCCCGCUACAGAGGCUUGCCAGCUCUGAGUAGGAAAGCAAUGAAAAUGGCAAUGGGGG